CGCAUGCUCAUUGCGCAGUGGAUGAGUGGAAGCCAUGUUGGAGAUACAGUGGGUUCGGGCUGGGAUUUUCUGACGCCGUAUGUUUUUCUUAAAAUAUCCGUUUCCAUACAUUGUUGGGGUUCGUCAACCGCGCGCUAUCGGCGCCGUAAUCGGCAGUGGAAAUGAUGAACUCCAGUGUCGACCUGUCCCGGCGGAAUCCGCAGGAGGAUUUCGAGCUGAUCCAGAGGAUAGGAAGCGGCACAUAUGGAGAUGUGUACAAGGCUCGUAAUGUAAACACGGGAGAGCUGGCUGCUAUCAAAGUCAUCAAGCUGGAGCCGGGUGAGGACUUUGCUGUCGUCCAGCAGGAGAUUAUAAUGAUGAAAGACUGUAAACACUCCAACAUUGUUGCCUAUUUUGGCAGUUAUCUCCGGAGAGAUAAGUUGUGGAUCAGUAUGGAGUACUGUGGAGGAGGUUCUCUGCAGGAUAUCUAUCAUGUAACUGGGCCUUUGUCAGAGUCGCAGAUAGCCUACAUGUCACGGGAAACCCUGCAGGGUUUAUACUACCUACACAAUAAAGGCAAAAUGCACAGAGACAUUAAGGGAGCCAACAUCCUCCUGACAGACAACGGCUACGUUAAACUAGCUGACUUUGGCGUAUCGGCCCAGAUCACAGCCACUCUAGCCAAGAGGAAGUCAUUCAUUGGAACGCCUUACUGGAUGGCUCCUGAGGUAGCAGCAGUGGAGAGGAAAGGAGGUUACAACCAGCUGUGUGAUAUCUGGGCUGUGGGCAUCACUGCAAUAGAGCUGGCUGAACUCCAGCCGCCCAUGUUUGACCUGCACCCAAUGAGGGCUCUGUUCUUAAUGACAAAGAGUAAUUUCCAGCCUCCGAAGUUAAAAGAUAAAGUGAAGUGGACAAGUAACUUCCACCAUUUUGUCAAACUAGCCCUGACCAAGAACCCAAAGAAGAGGCCGACAGCUGAGAAGCUGCUGCAGCACCCUUUUGUGUCCCAGCCUCUCAGCAGAACGCUGGCGAUCGAGCUGCUGGACAAAGCCAGCAACCCCGACCACAGCACCUUCAACGACUUCGACGACGACGACCCCGAACCUGAGUCUCCGGUCUCAGUUCCUCAUCGCAUCCGUUCCACCAGCAGGAGCACCAGAGAAGGAAAGACGCUGUCUGAGAUCAACUUUGGUCAGGUGAAGUUUGAUCCUCCGUUUAGAAAGGAGACAGAGCCUCAUCAUGAACCGUGUGAAUCUGAGCCCUAUCUGGACUGUGUUGAGGAGCUCUACUAUACCGCGAGAUCUAAUCUGGAUUUGCAGUUGGAGUACGGCCACGAUUCUCCAAGUUUGCUCGGAGGAAACAAGAGUCUUCUCAAAUCUGUGGAGGAGGAGCUUCAGCAGAGGGGCCAUGUGGCACACUUAGGGGAUGAUGAGGAUGAGGAUGAUGAUGGUGCAGAUGAUGAUGAAACUCACACUCAUAAAUCAAGCACUAUCAUGAGGCCAAAGGUCCCGCCUCCUCUUCCUCCUAAGCCCAAGUCUCUCAGCACGCCUCAACAUCCGCCUCAGCAAGCGCAAAAACACGACGAUAGCCAAUCCCACAGCGAGGAUGACGGCGGAGGGGGAGGGACCAUCAAGCGCUGUCCGGUGCCAGAGACACCGAGCCCCGCCAAGCCCGCCUCCAAUGUCCCCCCGCGGCCCCCGCCCCCGAAGCUGCCGCCCCACCGCCGAAGUAGCCUAGGUAACGAGAGCCCGAAGUGCAAAGACGUCGAAAACUCUGCCCCAGAGGAUGAUGGGAGCUUUAGGCAUUUCUGGGAGUGGCUCCACACGCCUCACACAGAGGAGGAGCUGGAGGAGGCGUGGGAGGUGCUGAAGGAGGUGAAAGAGGAGCAGGAAAAAGAGGAGGAAAAGGAAGAGAGUAAUGGGCUGAACUCGCCACACAAUGGUGAGAGAGACACCGGGGCGGAGAGGCAGUCCACCAUGCCCCCUAGUGUCCCCAUACGGAAAGAUAAGAAGGACGUUCCGAAGCCCAUUAGUAAUGGACUCCCACCAACACCUAAAGUGCAUAUGGGUGCGUGUUUCUCCAAGGUGUUCAACGGCUGUCCUCUGAAGAUCCACUGUGCCACUUCCUGGAUCAACCCCGACACCAGAGACCAGUAUUUGAUAUUCGGUGCAGAAGAGGGAAUCUACACAUUAAAUCUCAACGAGCUGCAUGAGACCACGAUGGAACAGCUCUUCCCUCGCCGGUGUACCUGGCUGUAUGUCAUGAACAGCUGUCUUCUUUCCAUAUCUGGAAAAGCCUCUCAGCUGUACUCACACAGUCUGAGUGGUCUGUUUGAACAGGCCCGACAGUUACAGAAGUUACCAGUAGCCAUUCCCACACACAAGCUGCCUGAUAAAAUGAUUCCCAGGAAGUUUGCUGUGUCCAAUAAAAUUCCAGACACUAAAGGGUGCCAAAAGUGCUGCGUAGUUCGUAACCCGUACACAGGCCAUAAGUACCUGUGUGGAGCCUUCCAGUCCAGUGUCAUGCUGCUGGAGUGGGUGGAGUCCAUGCAGAAGUUCAUGCUCAUCAAGAACAUUGAUUUCCCGUUGCCCUGUCCGAUGGAGGUCUUUGAGAUGUUGGUGGUCCCGGAGCAGACCUACCCUCUGAUCUGCGUGGCGGUCAGUAAAGGAACCGAGCUCAACCAGGUGGUCCGAUUCGGCACCGUCAACCCCAACUCUACCUCCUCCUGGUUCACAGAAACAGACACACCACAGUCUUGCGUGAUUCACGUCACUCAGCUAGAGAGAGACACCAUCCUCGUCUGCCUCGACAGAUGUAUAAAGAUAGUGAACCUCCAGGGCCGGUUGAAAUCCAGCAGGAAGUUGUCAGCUGAGCUCACCUUCAACUUCCAGAUCGAAUCCAUUGUUUGUCUCCAAGACAGCGUCCUGGCCUUCUGGAGGCAUGGCAUGCAGGGGCGGAGUUUCAAGACCAACGAGAUCACGCAGGAGAUCUCUGACAGCACACGCAUCUUCAGACUACUGGGAUCAGACAGAGAUCCAGAGGCCGAGGACAAAGGCCUCGCUCUACCCAGGGUGGUGGUGCUGGAGAGCAGGCCGACGGACAACCCUACGGCCCACAGCAACCUCUACAUCCUGGCGGGCCACGAAAACAGCUACUGAGACACUCUCACACAAACAUACCCGCACAUUGAGACACUCUGUUAAACGCCCUCAUCACUAGAGCAGACGGCGGGGGCGAGCGAGCGCCGCGCCGCUGACCCCGUCUUCACCUUCUCACCUGGCUGUGCGACUGGGAGAUGAGCAGUUCGUGGGGAGGGGGAGGGGGUGGGGGUGGCGGGGCACAGGUGUGGAUUUCCCAGUUACAGCCAGUUAAAAUGCACCGCAGUGUUAUAUGUGUAUCAGUGAAGUGUGUUGUAUUGUAGCGGCGGGUUGUGGAGCUGCUUCACGCAGGGCGAGGGUUCAAACCGCUGAGGCCUGAGGUCAGCUUUGGGUUGAGAUGGCCGGGGAAUCUCAUCACUGCAACUCUUUUCAUCUCGCCUACCCCUGCAUAAUGUACACUGGGAAAACGUCAUCCAGCACGGAAAUCUGAACACUACUUCUACUACUAGCUCUACACAUACUACUACUACUACUACUACUACUACUACUACUACAGCUACUGCUACUCGCGCUAAAGCUUCACAAAGGGCCAUCUUGCACAGAAAACCCACCUUUCUCUCUUUUAUUGUUUUUCUUAUCUCUCCCCCUGCCCUUUUUUUUCCUCCACUUUUUAAAAACUACCCCUUUAUUUAUUGUGGCAUGUUGUAACUUUAACAACCGGGAUGACUUUCCUGUUUUUAUUCGUUCUAGUUUUUUUGUUUUUUUUUUAUUAUUUUCUUUGGUUUUUUUAAGGAUAGAAAAGAGAAAGCCGACUAAAAAGCUUCGCCACUUUCGCUAGCGUCGAAUUCCAAUACCACACCACACAAGUGCUUAAUUGACCUCUAUUUAAUUGUUGUAAAUAUAAAUGUAGUAUUUUUUUGACAGAGACGAACACUAAAAAGACUGGUCAUGUAGAUAGGCGUGUGUAUAGUCGCUCUGUGCAACUGUGGAGACGAACAGAGACAAGCGGCCGCGGAGGAUAUGGCAGUAAAUUCACUUUGGACUUCCUUGAUCAUGUGACGUGGGUCAGGCAGACCCCCUGCAGUCUCCUCAGGUGGAGCUUUAGUAAUCUGAUAUUACUCUUAUAAUGGUGUCGAGCUCAGGGUCGAACUGAGCCAACACGGGAGGUGACACAGAUCGGUCAUAAUCACCCUGCAUGCCAACGUAACUUCCUGCUUGUAUGCACCAUAGCAACUGUCGUCAGGGCAGCGGAGUUCUGUUCAUUUAAGUUGGGUUUUUCGUUUUCCACAUCAUCCUUUUCGUUUUUUUUUUGUUUCGUUUUUUUAUGCUGUUUUAAUCAGAAAUCUUUGUUCUCUCAUGCUAUUUUUUACUUUUAUUGAACCACUGGUGUUAAGAAUUUGCACAGAGAAAAAUGUAUUUCAUAAACAAAUGUGAUGUCAUUAUAAUAUAUGAUGUUGUGUGUAUGCACAGUGUGAGAGUGUAUGCGUGUGUGUUUGGGUAGACGUGGAGUAUGCACAUACAAGUGCAUCGUGUACAGACCUGGUCUUUAACAGGUGACAGAUGUGUUGGCUGUCAAAGAGCAUCAAGACAUUUUAAAGGAUGAGAAAAAAAGGCAGAUUUACACAGAAAUAACAAGAAAUUAGAUUUCUAUGAAAGGCCUCCUAUGACUGUUAGUCAUAACUUAAAGCGGUAAUUUUGUAUAAAUGAACUGAUUUAAGGACUUCUGUCUAAACAGUUAGGUAAACCAAUUGACGAUUCUAUUUACUCCUGCAAGGACAAAAACAACACCAUAGAAUAAUUUUUAGGUCAUGCUUGUUUUUUUCCUUCCAUUGUUUCACCUCACUAAAUUUUAUUUAAAUUUUUCUCUCUUAUAUUUACGCCCCUUCCCACUUGUAGCUAAGCUGCGUUCCACAAGCCUCCAUUAGAAAAUGAGUCUUUUUCAAAGCAUCUUGCUCGUAACAAUUUAAAACAAAAAAAAGUAACCCCGGUUUCUCUGAGUGCAACUCGAUUACGUAUAAUGAGCGGCAUGUCCUACGGCGUUAUGUGUUUAUGUGAAGAGAAGUGGAGUCAGUGUUGCUCCUUAUUGUGUUUCUGUGUGAUUCCUCGUGUUUUAAUCGUUUUAGUAAUAAUCUGAGAGAGGUUUUAAUCUUCGGCCUUCACCGCUGUGGCUUUUUAAAGGCCGACGUCUGUAUGAGAUUUGACAUACAUGGCAUGCAUGUAGAUGUGCACUGUGGUGUGUAGAGGAGUCUACAUGUGGCAGGACACUACCAGACUUUACAAGCUGUGACACUCGAGGUUGCUUCUGAGGACAUAGACAUUAGUUUAGUUUAGUUUGAACCUAACUGAGAUACUAUCCUGUCAUGCUGACAUCCUACGGAGCUCUGGCUCUUGUUUUCAUUGCUUUAUUUAUCUCUAAAUAUGAACAGGAGAAAGCUUAAGUCUGUUAGUCAACCAAAAAUGGAUCAUUACAAACAUGAAUUACAGACAAAGACAAAACGCUUCUGAGCAAAUUCUACACCGACAAGGAGCACACAAUACUGGUAUUGAUAUACAGCUGGUUAUCAGUAUGGCAACAGUGAUACGUCUGGUUGUUGCAGACUUAAAUUGCUCGUGGAGGAAAUCUUGAUUCUGUUUUUCUGCCAUUUUGAGGUUUAUACUACAUAUUUGUACAUGUCAGCAGUGAUUUAUUUAGUUAAAAAAAGAAUAAUUUGAAAGCAGAGAAGCAAUGACAGCAUUGGUUUUUAAGGUUAGCUAUAGAGUAGAUGGGAUCAUGCAUCACCUGACGUGUCCAUUAAUGUUGUGAAGGUGGCUCUAUAAGCGUUGCCAUGUUGGGGAACUGAACGGCAACUGAAAACGUAAUGUACCACCCUUCAGUUUCUCCUCGACUUCAUUUUUCUCUUUGCGUACAGUGAAACUGAAUUUUAUGGUUGAUUGUGUCAUGCAUAUUUUUGGUCUUCGUUCUGACAUCACAGCAUGUCCUCCUCCAACCAUUGAGAGACACGAACUAAACUAAGCCCCUUCACACUUUUCGCUUUUUCCAUUUUUAUGGGAUUUAUUUGUGGAUCCUCUCACUGAGUCUAAGAGUUUGAAUUGAAAUUGUUAUGUUUUUUUUUUUUGUUUGUUUUUUUAAAUGAUCUGUGCACGCUUUUAUUAAAAUAAAUUGUGCUCCAUUGCACCUGGAUCAUGCAAAACUAAAGCCUUCACGUUACAGCCAUAGAAAAGAUCAAAUCUGGUAGUUUGUCAACAAACACAACAUAUUUUCACUAUUUAUAUUUUUAAAAUGAUUUUUUUAUCAGUAGCGAACGGUAAAAUGCAUUGUUGUUGCUUUGAAUUGCCUACAAAGUGCAUUAGUGCCCCAGACGAGCGAGUCAGCUUUGAUCGUGCAAAUACAUGUGCUUCCUGCCAACGGAUCCAGACUGGGCAAAAUAUAUCAGGGCUGCAGCCGAGUGCGUCAUUUAAGCUAAAAUCUGUUCAUUAUUGUCAAAAGAUAUAAGUAAACCAUUAAGACAAAUUAAUAUUGUCGACCCAGCACGACUUCAUUGUAAAUCUGGAUAAAAUAAAAAAAAAAAAUGAAGCAUUCCUUUACAUUAGGGCUCGGUUUCUCAUCAAUGAAACGUUUAUUUGACUUUUUUUUUCUUCCUCGCGUAAUGCCAAACUCCGUUGUCGAAACUUCUUAUGGCCAUAUUUAGGUACAGUAGUCUACCUCGUGGUAUGUGCUAGAUUUAAAACUAAAACAGUAUGUCUGGUUGUGAAGAAGACAGCCGAUAUAAUGUUAGUGUUACACAAAACAUGUUCUCUAAACUCUUAAAUGUCUGUGUCCUCGCAGCGGAUGUGUGUAAAUGAACAAAAGAUACUCAGAUGUAUCACACGAGUACAACGUACAUGAGAUAUUCCACUUAAAAAGAGGGGAGAUUUUUUUUUUUGAUUAUUUUUGAAUCAUUAGAUUUUAAAAAAACGAUAAUAAUAAAUAAUAAUAAUCAAUGCUCACAUCUUUGUGGAUGUUUUCAUGUGGCUCAAACAACCUCCAAGCAGUUGUAUGCCUGUCUUUUUCUGCAGGGUUCAUGACUUAAAACAUGUUGGGAAAACUGUCUGUUUAGCGUAAUAAUAACAAAGUUCACAUGGGACUGAAUGAUGCCCUGUUUCCUAACUUCUAGCCACCAAACGUUCAAGCUUGAUCUAUAACCCUGAAAGUAGGUGCCAAUGUGGCAACGCUCUGUGCUGAAAUCUUAAAAAUCUGAAAUCUGUGUUUUCUAAACUCAUCUGAGCCUGGAUCAAAUCACACGGAGAAUAAGUCACGGGCUCCGCUUGAAGACGCUUUGUGUACCACAUGUGUACGUCUCCUCUACGAUACACUUGCAGAAAAGCAAACUGAAUUGGCGUUAACUUUCCUCCUUUACCUGUGAGUUAUCUCCCAAAGCUGUUUGAUCCAGAUCUCCUCCCCGUCUUGAAACGCAGUAGGUCACGUCUGUUCUGUCGCUUUUACAUCACCUUUGUCUUUUGCUUUCAUAAUGCGUAUGUUAUGAAAUGUAUAUAGUGUAAAAUAAAAAUGGGUUUGUUUUACAUACUGUAUAAUUGCCUAUAUUUUGUUUCAGAAGUGUAACAGAUUUAUGAGAUGACAGGUUAACACAUUAAAGAAGGAACUGAA